AUGCCUUUACGUCUUCGACAUUUACUUCAUCGUGUACCAUUACCAUCUCUUCAAUAUUAUACAUUAAUAAGCACAUCUUUAUUAUUUGCUAAUAUUUUCUAUUAUCAUCAUUUAAUUCAAAUAAAUGUUAAAAAUUUAACAAAUGAAACAAUUAUAAAUGAAUCGAUAUUUUUCUCAAAUGCAAAACCAUUUUCAUAUACAUAUAUUCAAACAACGUUAUCUAUUAUUAUAUCACAAACAUUAUCACUUCUAAUACUUGUUAAUGCAAUAUAUUGUUCAUUUGGUUUAUUUGUUAAAUAUUUACAAGAAUUAAUAUUUGGUGAAAUACGUUUUGUUGAAUUACAACGUAUAAAAGAUAAAUUUUGGAAUUAUGCAUUUUAUAAAUUUUGUUUUCUAUUUGGUGUACUUGGUUUAGAAAAUUUAAAUGAACUUAUACUAUGGAUAUCAUGGUUUUCAUUUUUAGCAUGUGCACUUUUAUUAUGUCAAUUAUCUAAAGAUCGUUUUGAAUUAGUAAGUUUU